GCUUAUUUCAGAGAAUAAGACAACCAACGAUAACAGAUAAUGUCUAUAGUUUAAUCUUAAUCUGGAAACAUCUAAAAAACUAAAUAACUUACUAUAAUCAAUUCAAUGUCAUGCAACUUGCAUGAAUCUUUGAAUUUCAGAUUAUAUGUAAUUUAAAUCUCCAUAAACGGCCAGAUGUGUAAUCAUUUUUGCCAGAUGUAAACGUUUUUCUGAAAAUAUAAUACCGUUCAUUAAUCAAUAAAAGCCAAUUUAUGAGCAAUUAACACACACACACAAAAAAAAAUUACCAGCUAAGCCUUUCCAUAUACUACCAAUGCAAAACAACGGUAAUUUCUUACAUUUGUCUCAAUAAAUACCUGCUAAUCUCCCACUCAUCAAACCACAUCAUUCUCUUCAUUGUUUGCAAUUUUCUUCUUUUGUCUUCUAAAUUUCAGUAUUAUUCAUGGAGUCUUUGUUGUCUCAAAGCUAUUUCUUUAUAAUUUUUUUGGGGUUUAUUACGGGGUCAUCAUGUGAAGCUUAUACAUUCUAUGCUGGUGGCAAAAGUGGCUGGGUUUUAAAUCCUUCUGAAUCUUACAGUCAUUGGGCUGAACGAAAUCGCUUUCAAGUCAAUGACACCAUCGUUUUCAAGUAUAAAAGGGGGUCAGAUUCAGUUCUUUUAGUUAACAAAGAUGAUUACUCCAAGUGCAACAAAGACAAGCCAAUUCGUGAACUAAAACAUGGUGAUUCAAAAUUCAAGUUUGAAGGAUCAGGUCCAUUUUAUUUUAUUAGUGGACAUGAAGAUAAUUGUGAAAAGGGUCAAAAGCUCCAUAUUGUUGUGCUGUCACCAAAUCACAAAGCCCAUAAAAUGUCGAGCCCAACACCUGUUGAAUCCAUUGGCCCAAUUUCACCUGCCCCGACUCCGACUAAGUCGGGUGCAACAGGGUUUGUUGGUGGUCUAAGUGGUUUUUAUUGGGGCUUUAUUAGUUUGAUAAUAGCAACUUAUUUUUGUAUCUUAGUUUAAUUUUUUCAGUUCUUUUUUGUUAUGUUAAUUCUUUCAGUGAAAUGUACUUUUUUGUUCUUCCUCCUUUGAUUUAAUUGAAUUUGAUCGAACAAAAAUGGUAUAUUGAUGCAGCUUUGUUGAUUUUUCAUUUUUUUUGGGUUCUAACUUGUGUUCCAUAUUUGUUUUGGGGCCACGGAUAAUCCAAAAUUGUACCAUGUAAGACCCAUUGAAGAUGGAAUCCCUCUCUACCAGAACAUUUUCAUUUACAAAGCUCGUGCUUAAUAGUUCUGGUUAAGAUUGGAAAAAUCCUAUCUAUCCCACCAUAAUUUUUAG